GCGCUUGCCGCUGGGCACCUCUGCCACCUAUUUAUAUUACUCCUAGGUCUCUCCCUCGAGACACGCACUCCCCUCCUUCAACUAGUGCCUUGCGGCCGGUGGUCCUCCUCUCGAUCCAGUUCCUCAACCCACCAACACAAAUCACCAUCCCUCUUCUCUCCCCUCCUCGGCUCCGAACAGCAAGGCAUGGACAAGCAGCACCUCUUUGGUUGCUCCUACGUGGACGCGCCUUUCUUCGCGGCCACUGGCACGGCGCAGGGGGAGAGCCGGCCUAGAGCGCGGCGCAGGCGGCGGAGGGCUGCGAGAUGCGGCGGAGGGGACGGUGACGGCGUGGAGAUGGACGGGGGAGGGGACCCCAAGAAGCGCCGGCUGACCGACGAGCAGGUGGAGGGUCUGGAGCUGAGCUUCCGGGAGGAGCGCAAGCUGGAGACCGGCCGGAAGGUCCAUCUCGCCGCCGAGCUCGGGCUCGACCCCAAGCAGGUCGCCGUGUGGUUCCAGAACCGGCGGGCGCGCCACAAGAGCAAGCUUCUCGAGGAGGAGUUCUCCAAGCUCAAGCACGCCCACGAUGCGGCCAUCCUACACAAAUGCCACCUCGAGAACGAGGUGCUGAGGCUGAAGGAGCGGCUGGGAGCGACCGAGGAGGAGGUGCGGCGCCUCAGGUCGGGAGCUGGGAGCCAAGCGGCAUCCGGCGACGGCGGAGACGCCGCUGGCGCCGUUGGCCUGUGCGGAGGGAGCCCGAGCUCGUCCUUCUCGACGGGAACCUGCCAGCAGCAUCCUGGUUUCAGCGGCGCAGACGUGCUGGGGCCGGACGAUGACCUGAUGAUGUGCGUCCCCGAGUAUGGUGGCUACGUCGAUAGCAGCGUGGUCGAGUGGUUUAGCCUGUAUGGGCUGAUUUGAAAUUGAGACGGGCUGGGCAUCAACAGCAUGCAUAAUUUGCAUAUCGAUUACUAUUCUAGUUAGGCAUAGUGUUAAUUAAGCUGGGAUGAUCUGUAGGCGUGCGUGUGUUUAAUUAUGUAGAUAGUGUUGAUUAAUGGCAAAAGCUUGCAAGCUAGCAAGUGUAGUACCGGUAGCUCUCUUGAAGUUCAGAGACGAUGUGUUGUGUUAUCAUUUGAUAGUAUAUGUUUUACUUCAGCA